CCAAAAGUUGUUUUGCGAGUACGAAACAAAGAUCGCAAUAUGGUUCAAGAUUUGUUGCAUAGUAUUAGAAAACAAUAUAGAAAUGUGACUGAAGGUAAAGAAGUGGAACUUGUUUUGGAUGAACAUAAUUUACCAUUAAUCUCCAAAGGAGGUGUCAUUUUAUAUGAUCAAUUAAAUCGUAUGGUGGUUACAAACACAUUAAGUGCAAGAUUAGACUUAGUCGCUCAUAAACUGCUUCCAGAAAUUAGAAAUGCUUUAUGGAGUAACAAACCGUUUAAAAUAAUGGAAUAUAUGGAUUUAACUUAAAUUUUUCUAGAGCAUGCUUCAAUUCCUUAUUCAACAACCAUCAUCCUAUUAAAC